CGCCCCCUCUGCCGGGCCGGGCCGGGCCGGGCCGCGGGGCCAUAAAGCGGCCGCGGCGGCGGUGGGGCCCGCUCCCGGUUCCGCUCCGCCCCGCCAUGGCCGUGGCCCAGCGCAGGCUGUCCGUGGGGCUGGGGCUGGCCGGGAUAGCCUGCGCGCUCGUGGGGGGCUGCCUGCUGCUGCUGGGGCCGCUUAUCGUCAGGCAGCAGGUCAUCAAGAACGUCAGGAUCGACCCCAGCAGCAUCUCCUUCCAGAUGUGGAAAGACAUCCCUGUUCCUUUCUACUUGUCAGUGCAUUUCUUCGAAGUGCUGAACCCCAAGCAAGUGCUGCGGGGAGAGAAGCCAGUGCUGAGCCAGCGUGGGCCCUACGUGUACAGGGAGUACAGGUUUAAAACAAAUAUCACAUUCCAUGACAACGAUACUGUUUCCUACCUGGAGUACCGGCACCUUUUCUUCCAGCCAGACUUGUCCAAUGGCACGGAGGACGAGUACAUUGUUGUGCCAAACAUCAUGAUGAUGGGAGCAGCUGUGAUGGUGGAAAAGCUGCCAAAUUUUGUGAAGCUUUUACUGAGUGGAGCCCUGGCUAGCCUGAAGCAGGAGGCGUUCAUGAACCGGACGGUGCGGGAGAUCAUGUGGGGGUAUGAAGACCCCCUGAUAGAUGCAAUAAAUAUGAUUAUUCCUGGCCUGCUCCCUUUCAAGGGGAAGUUUGGAGUAUUCAUGGAUUUUAACAACUCCAACUCAGGGCUGUUCACAGUAAACACAGGCAUGAAGAACAUCAGUCAGGUUCACAUGGUGGAUUCAUGGAAUGGGCUCAAGAAGGUGAACUACUGGCGGAGCAGCCAGUGCAACAUGAUCAACGGGACAGCAGGGGAGAUGUGGCCACCCUUCAUGUCCCCAACCUCCCUGCAGUUCUACAGCCCUGAUGCCUGCAGAUCCAUGACACUGGUGUACGAGCAGUCUGGGCACUUCCAGGGCGUGCCCACCUAUCGCUUCGUGGCACCCAAAACCCUCUUUGCCAACGGCACAGACUAUCCACCCAACGAGGGCUUCUGCCCCUGCAUGCAGUCUGGCAUCCAGAACGUCAGCACCUGUAGGCUCAAUGCGCCGAUGUUCAUUUCCCACCCUCACUUCUACAACGCUGACCCAUCCCUGGUGAACGCAGUGGAAGGCCUGCACCCCAGCAAGGACCAGCACGGGCUUUUCCUGGAUGUGCACCCUAUGACUGGCAUCCCCAUGAAUUGCUCCAUCAAGCUGCAGCUGAACCUGUACAUAAAGCACGUGUCUGGAAUCAUUCAAACAGGGCAGAUUAAGCCAGUGGUCCUGCCGCUGCUGUGGUUUGCAGAGAGUGGAUCCAUCGAAGGCUCAGUCCUGAGGCAGUUCUACACCAACCUGGUGCUGCUCCCGUCGGUGCUGGACUACCUGCAGUACGUCCUGCUUGGCCUGAGUGUCCCACUCAUUGUCUCAGCAGCUGUCCUCAUGGCAAUGAGGAAGAGAAGCAGCGCCGAGAAGAGCCCCCGUGGCCCCGGCACGCCGAGCAGAGCCGCCCCCUCCUCCGAGAGCACGCCGCUCCUGCAGGACUGCGACAGCCCCAGCCAGCAGGGACCCGAGGCCUGAGCCAGCCCCUGGGACAGCCUCCUGGUGGGACAGCUCCCCACUGGGACACGGAUCCCACUGGGACAUGGGUCCUACUGGGACAUCUUCACACUGGGACAGCCCCCCACUGGGACACACUUUCCAUCGGGAUACCCUCCCACUGGGAUGGCUCCCCAGUGGGACACACUUCCCAUGGGACAUGCUUCCCACUGGGACACAAUUCCCAUA